AACCUGGGAAACUCCAUGACGCUUAAUUUCAUGAAUGACUGCAGAUACAUUGAUUAUCUCUUCUUAGGAGAUUAUGUUGAUCGUGGUCAACACAGCCUUGAGACCAUUACUCUUCUGCUUGCUUUGAAGGUUGAAUAUCCCAACAACGUACAUCUAAUUCGUGGGAACCAUGAAGCUGCAGACAUUAAUGCCCUUUUUGGUUUCAGGAUUGAGUGCAUUGAGCGCAUGGGUGAGAGAGAUGGAAUUUGGGCUUGGCAUAGGAUAAACCGUUUAUUCAAUUGGCUUCCUUUGGCUGCUCUAAUUGAAAAGAAAAUCAUUUGUAUGCAUGGAGGUAUUGGUCGGUCAAUAAAUCAUGUGGAACAGAUUGAAAAUCUUCAACGUCCGAUUACUAUGGAAGCCGGUUCAAUUGUGCUUAUGGAUCUAUUGUGGUCUGAUCCGACAGAAAAUGACAGUGUGGAAGGACUGCGACCAAAUGCUAGGGGUCCAGGGUUAGUUACUUUUGGGCCUGAUCGAGUUAUGGAAUUUUGCAAUAACAAUGAUCUUCAGUUGAUUGUACGUGCACAUGAAUGUGUGAUGGAUGGCUUUGAGCGGUUUGCCCAAGGACAUUUAAUUACACUUUUCUCAGCUACCAAUUACUGUGGUACUGCAAAUAAUGCUGGGGCAAUCUUAGUUUUGGGUAGAGAUCUUGUGGUGGUUCCGAAACUCAUUCAUCCUUUGCCGCCAGCAAUUUCAUCGCCUGAAGCAUCACCAGAACGACAUAUAGAAGAUACAUGGAUGCAGGAGCUUAAUGCUAACAGACCUCCUACACCAACUCGAGGCCGUCCUCAAGUACCAAACGAUCGGGGCUCUCUUGCUUGGAUAUAGUAAUCUGUCUCUAUACAAUUGCUUUGUAUACUCUCAUUUUAGGCUCAUGCUACCACCUGGAGUAUCUGGUGUUCUGUAUAGAGCAUGUUGCCAUAUACAGGAAAUCUUGAACGUGUAACCUAUAUUCCUGAAGAAAUCUGAGGGCUUUCUGAAAAUUUGGUUUUGGCCACAAUUAAUAGGCCUUGAGAUGAUGAAGAUUACUUAGAGAACCAGGUGACAGGCAGCAGGCAGGCAGGCUUACGUUGGUUUAAUGCGUAAAGAGUUGCAGUUUGGACCGUCCACCUUUUGUAAAUUGAGCGACAGGCAGGUAGAAGUCAGUCAUUGUUGUUUCUUCUAUGGGUUGGUAGUGCUGGUUAUUUUUCUCAUUAGUUUUUAUAUAUAUAUAUAUUUUAUUCCUCGUUUUUAGGUCUAAUAUUUUUUUCUCUAUCAAGAGGACAUGAGGUCCUUGUAUGUGAUGGUGAGAGAUAUAAUACUAAAAUCUUUGUGGGCAUCCUUGUAUCAUAGAGGUGUUUGCUUCCUGUAGUUGUCAACUCUGCUUUGUACAAUGUAACGAUUGUGUGAAGAUAAGAAGCAUUUUGGUCUGACAUAAUAUUUUUGAA